AUGUCAAUACUGUGUUGCGUACCGGUACUCGAGUGUGUGUAUUGCUUGGGGUGUGCCCAUUGGGUGUGGAAGAAAUGUCUAUACACAGCUGGUCACGAGAGCGAGAAGUGGGGAUUAGCCACUUCAGAUGAGUUUGAGCCAGUCCCUAGGCUCUGCCGCUUGAUCUUAGCCGUCUACGAGGAGGAUCUCCACAACCCUAUGUGGGCACCACCCGGUGGUUACGGGAUUAACCCGAAUCAGGUUAUCUUAAAGAAAGACGAUGACCAGACUCAAGGCUGUGUCACUCCUUACAUGAUCUACUUGGAUCAUGAAAACGGCGAUGUAGUGUUGGCCAUAAGAGGGCUUAACUUGGCCAAGGAGAGCGAUUACGCUGUGCUGCUUGAUAACAAACUUGGACAGACUAAGUUCGAUGGAGGUUAUGUGCACAACGGGUUGUUAAAGGCGGCCAUGUGGGUUUUCGAGGAGGAGAAUGAGGUUUUGAGGAAGUUGCUCGAGGCAAACCCGAGUUACUCUUUGACGUUUGUGGGGCACUCGCUAGGUGCAGGGGUUGCGUCGUUGCUGGUCUUGUUUGUGGUUCAGAACCGGGAUAGGUUGGGGAACAUUGAGAGGAAGAGGAUCAGAUGCUUUGCUAUUGCUCCUCCGAGGUGUAUGUCUCUCCAACUAGCAGUGACGUAUGCAGAUGUCAUCAACUCUGUUGUUCUACAGGAUGAUUUCUUACCUCGGACUACCACAGCUCUGGAGGAUGUCUUCAAAUCAAUUGUCUGCUUGCCAUGCGUGUUGUGUCUCACAUGUUUGAAAGAUACAUUCACAUUUGAGGAGAAAAAGCUUAAAGAUACAAGGCGUCUCUACGCUCCUGGUAGGUUAUAUCACAUCGUCGAGCGCAAGCCCUUGAGAUUAGGAAGAUACCCUCCUGUGGUGAGAACAGCUGUCCCAGUUGAUGGGAGAUUUGAGCAGAUAGUUCUCUCCUGUAAUGCAACAGCGGAUCACGCCAUCAUCUGGAUUGAAAGGGAAUCACAGAGAGCUUUCGAUUUAAUGCUGGAAGAGGACCAAGUUAUGCAGAUUCCGGUGGAGCAGAAGAUUGUGCGCCAGAAAUCGAUUGUGGAGGAUCAUGACGACGAAUACAGAGCGGCUAUAAUGAAGGCGGCUGCUCUGCACAUCCCUAUCUCUCCAUCACCGUCAUAUGGAACAUUCCAUGAUUCAGAAGAAGGAGAAAGCUCUGCUGCAUCCACGUCUGUGUGGUCCUUCAAGGGAAUGAGAAGAAAAUGGAAUCGGUUCAUAGAUGGCCAGUUUCCUGUGGAUGAAGACAGUGAACAUAUGAUCUUCAGGAAAGAGGAAUCCUCAGCUUUGUUGUGUAGUUAA